AUGCUCAACAACGGCUCAAGAAUUUUUGCAGAUGCUGCAUCUCUUCUUGUCAAUGCCAUCUAUUUUACGGCUAAAUGGCAACAUGAAUUCUACAAAACCGAGAAUUCGCAAGGAACAUUUUAUAGUGCCCCAGGAACGGAAAGAGAGGUAGAAUUCAUGAAUGAUCGUGAAGUGCACCGGCUCUACACCGAGGACGACGACCUUCAGUUGCUUUCACUUCAGUAUUUGGACACUUCGUUUGCGUUCAACAUUUUCCUGCCUAAAGAGAGGUUUGGUCUCAGCGAAGUUCGUUCAAAACUUGACGGAAAGAGAAUUCAAGAUCUGUUUUCAAAAUUGAAAGAAACCUACAUAUCGAUCACAAUCCCAAAGAUGAACAUUGAAACGGACUUUGGUCUCAAAGAAGCGCUAGUAGCUAUGGGAGUUUCGGAGAUGUUCAGCGAUAACGCCAAUUUGACUGGAAUCACCAAAGAGCCUCCGCUUCGAAUUUCUGACGCUGCUCACAAAGCCAUCAUUGAGGUGAAUGAGGAGGGAACAACAGCAUCGGCCUCUACAUUCUUCAAAGCAGUAUUGAUGUCAUAUACUACGGAGAAGCCGGUGAUAUUCCAAGCCGACCAUCCGUUUUUAUUUAUUCUCACCAAGAGAUAA